AUACCGUCGGGUCGGGGAUCUUUUGUAAUCUGCUUCACAUUCACAAUAGACGAUGGGGCACGCAAGAGAAGCGGUUGAGGUAGCGAAGACCGUCGUCGAGGUUGCAGAACUUGCUUGGUCUACUGCUGAAUUCAUCCAUCACAACAAAUCCAAUCAUCCUCAUACUUCUUCCGAUGAACUCGAGGAUCUCCGUAACGAAAACAAGCGUUUGAAGGAAUUAUUGGAGCAGAAUUUGAAACUUCUUGAUAAUAUCUCUUCUUCUCCUUGUUUCCUCAAAGAUUGCCCUACUGAUCUACAUGAGCGUCUUGUAACGGCUGUAGAUUCUGAAAGCUUCUUGACUCGACUUCAGUCGUUGCGUGAGGGUUCAGUGAACGGAACCGCUAAUGAGUUCCCUUUCAAAGAGCCUUCAGGUGAAGACUUGGAAGCUGUUGAUAUUCUAAUCAAUGUUGAUCAAGAAGAACCCAGUUGGUGGGUGUGGGUCACUGAUUCUAUGGUUCCUGGAACCAGUGAGGAACGCAGUGGUAUAGACGACGAAAGUUAUGUCAUAAUAUGUGAGGAACAUGUUGUAGAUGGUGUGGCCAACUUUAUUGCCAGAUGCAUCGUGUCAAAUCCAAAAUUGCAGAAAUUGACUCCAGAGCAAUUACAGAAAAUUGUGACAAGCUCACUUGGUGGCCUAAACAAGGUUGAGAGAAUGUUGAGCAUAUGGCACGCUGGGAAGAUGUUCUACGCCCUUGCUACCUGGGGACUUGCUCUGGCGGGAUUGUACCAAAGCCGUGCUGUGCUGAAACUUGCUGCUCAGGGGGUUCAUCAUAGCAGUAAGUUUGUGCUAAAGGCUCUUUGAAACUCAAAUAAUUGUUUGCUUACUUGCUUUGUUCACUAAUCAAAAUGUAAAUGGAUGUAAAUAUCAUUUGAUUUGGUUUCAUUCUGGAAUUGUCUGUCGAACUCUGAUGCACCUUCUUUUUUUAAUGUUAUUAUUGCUGUCCAAGAUUCUAUUCUCGUUUGUGAA